AGAAAAGACUGUAGCUUUUUCCAGUGGGAAAAUGAAAAGGGUGGUGAUUACUGGCUCCAGCAGAAGCUGUCUUUGCUGCAAGGACACCAAAAUAAUGUUGUGCUGUAACCUGAAUGGACACAACAAAAAGAAGGUCCGUGCUCCAAAGAACUUUUACUCCAUGUUUAAGACAGGACAUGACAGAUGGGUACAAGCAUUUAGGAGAGAAAAGAAACGAAGUGAUAUUAUUGGUCAUCUUGACGGUGUCAGAUGCUAGGCUUGCAGCACGAGAAGAAUUUAACAGAAGUCGUCAACCCUCUUUAUCACACAGACAGAAUGUGGAAAGUCAGAUGUAUGGUAAGGCCUACAUCUUUAGUUACUAUGGUCAUUCAUGCCUUCACCAGUGAAAAUAUGAGCUUCCACACUUUAAUUAAAUAUAAGAAGUUUGUCCUGUUGCCGUUAUCGAAAAGGAAAUUUUGUCAAGAAUGCCAGCAGUUAUUACUGCCAGCUGAGUGGGAAAAUCACUUUGGACAUGAAGUACUUACUGACAUCACCAAUGCUCAGUUAAAAAGGCCCAGUCAGAUUCUAUAUCCACUGGAGAAUAAGAAAACAAAUGCACAAUAUUUGUUUGCAGAUAGAAGCUGCCAGUUUUUGCUGGAUCUUAUAAUUGCACUAGGAUUCAGAAGAGUGCUGUCUGUUGGCACACCGAGGCUUCAUGAAUUGAUCCAAAUAAAUGGAUGUGAAGAACAGCAGUUCAAUGUUAAAAGCCUUUUGUUAGACAUUGAUUUCAGGUAUUCACAAUUUUAUACAGAGGAAGAUUUCUGCCACUAUAACAUGUUUAACCAUUAUUUCUUUGGUGGAAAGGUUGCACAAGAAGUAUGUAGAAAAUUCUUGCAUGAAGAAAAAGGUGAAGGAGUCAUAAUGGUGACUGAUCCUCCUUUUGGAGGUUUGGUGGAAGCCCUGGCUUUUAGCUUUAAGAAGCUGAUUGCAAUGUGGAGAGAGGCACAAGAGGAAGCUCACAGCAGCAAGGAGAUGCCUAUAUUUUGGAUAUUUCCAUACUUCUUUGAGUCACGCAUUCUUGAAUUUUUUCCAAGCUUCACUAUGAUGGACUACCAGGUAGAUUAUGAUAAUCAUAUGCUUUAUAAACAUGGAAAGACAGGCCGUAAACAGUCUCCUGUUCGUAUUUUCACCAAUCUGUCUCCAAGUAUGAUAGUACUUCCUAUAGAGGAGGGGUACAGGUUUUGUUCUCUUUGUCAACGAUAUGUGAGUUCAGAAAACCAGCACUGUGAAAUGUGCAAUUCAUGUACAUCAAAAGAUGGUAGGCAAUGGAGACAUUGUGUUCUUUGCCAAAAGUGUGUAAAGCCUUCCUGGGUUCACUGUAACACAUGCAAUCACUGUGCUCUUCAGGACCAUGUUUGUGAGAGUGUGCAGGUUGGAUGCUUUAUUUGUGGCGGAGCGGAUCACAAACGCAGCACCUGCCCUCAUUUUUCUAUGACUAGAAGAGCUUACCAAGCUGACGGAAAGCAAAGGCAAAUGAAAAACAAGAAGCUAAAAAUGGGUACCAUUAAAAAACCAUCUGUGAAGCAGAGGAAAAUGAGAGUCUUGAAAGGAAAAAUAAAAAACAAGAAAGAGUGAAUCACACUUUCUUCUUGGCAUCUAGUUACUCAAGAUUUUUGCAGCCAGUCUUUGAUUUCAUUUACAGCAAAUGUUAGUAUGAUCUUUCAGAAUAAAAUCUAGUUGAAUUGGAAAUUAUUUCCCCUUAUAUAAUUCCUUAUAACCUUAGAGUUUCAAUGGCACUGGGACAAAAGCUUGUUACUCUGUUCAUGAACUAUUUCAAAUGAGAGAGAAAAUAGGUUAUAUAUGUCAGCCCAUACUGUGCAGAACUUAUAAGUGGAAAUAAUAUUAUAAAAUACCACUAAAAUAAAGGGACAGAAGUUAUAGUAGUUUUGGUUAGUUUGGUAUCGCCCACUGUUUAGGGGAAAAAAAGACCAAUAUAUUUGUAAUGCUGUCUGUUACAAACAUCGUUCCACUUCACCCCCACAUGCUCACUCUUAAAACCCACCAUCCAGCAUGGUCAUGUAGAUAACAAAUGUUAUAUAAUCCUUUUGCUAGUUAUCCACUUGUUUGCUGGUUUUGUCUCUGCAUGCCUGGAAACGAGUACGUUGGAAGUUCCAGAUAAAUUAGGACUUAAGUAUAUGUUUAUAUCCAUAGUGGAUACAUUUAGAAAGAUAAUAGGAAUACAGGA